AUGUUGGCGCUGUGGACUGCGAUGCUACACUGCAUGCUAAUUUUAGGCGCAUGUGGCGCUUACAACGGCACCAAUUUGGAUGCUACAAACUUUGACGUGGUCUUGGCCCACACUUUACGGCAUCAUCGUAUAGCGAAUGUGGCGAUAUUUAUUGGCGCUAAAGAUGAGAAUCACAACUCGCGCAAAGCCAUAAUCGCGAGCUUAGAUAAACAGCUGCAGGCGCCGCGCUACAUCUUCACUUCGGCAGAUAUGUCAACGCCACCCGGUAAUACGUUACGUCAUCACAUAGCGAACGAUGUGCUUAGCGUGGUUUUAUGCGCAACGGCAGAGGACCGCAUUUGGCAUGUAGUGGAUCAGCGUUUGCGCAAGUUGCGUCGUACAAAAGUCAUCGUGGUGUCGACAAGCACGUCACUCAUGCCUGUGGCAAUGUUCACCAAACUCUGGCAAUUACAAUUUUUACAUGUCGUGCUGCUGUACAACAAUACCGUUUUCCGUUACACGCCAUUUCCACAGCUGCAUGUAUAUAAAGUGCAUAAUCACAGCGCCGAUCUCUUUCCACCGGCGGCGACCGAUCUGCAAGGAUACACGCUAGCCACGCCCGCCGAGAACGAUUUGCCGCGCAUAUUCUUUGUGCGCGAAGAGCGUGACAACGCCACCAAAAUACGUGGUUUUGCCUAUCAGAUUUUCGUGAAUUUCGUGCGUCGCAUGAAUAUGACGCUGCGCAUCAGUAAUCCGAAUCAGGUGCAUGAUAUUACGCGCAGCGUCAAUAUGAGUACAAUCGUGCAACAAAUCGCGAAGCAGCAAUUGGAGAUGUCCAUGCAUCCGUAUACGAGCAUUGGUGAGCAUCAGGGCAUUAUGAGCUAUCCGAUCUUCAAGUUGGAGUGCUGUCUCAUUGUGCCGGUACAGAAUGAGAUACCACGUUGUUUGUAUCCGGUGCGUCCGCUCACAUUGGGUAGUUGGCUGGUGAUAUUCGCCGCUGUAGUCUAUAUCUCGUUGACGCUCGCGUGGACGAGUCCGUGUGUGCCGCCGGAUGCGCCAUUUCUCACUAAGCUCUCGCGCACAUUCCUCGAGAGCAUUGCUCAGGUGGUAUUUCUGCCGUCUACCUAUCCUAGUCAUCAGCCAUCGUUGCGUUAUCUGUUGGUAUACUUACAGUUGGCGCUUUUCGGUUUUCUGCUCACCAGUUGGUAUAAUAAUUUACUUAGCAGCUUCUUCACCACCAUCUUAGUGGGUGCACAAUUAGAUACAUUCGAAUCGUUGAUUGACGCGCAGUUACCGAUAUUAACUAAAUUCCAUGAGAUCGAUAUGGUUUUGGAGCAAGUGCCACCAGAGCUGGUGUCGAAAGUGAAGAAGUUAAUUGUCGGCUCGAAUUCGAGCGUGCAAAUGGCUCAUCUGUUGAACUUCAAUAGCUCCUACGCCUAUCCGGUGACCGAGGAACGUUGGUCCUUUCUUUCGCUGCAAGAACAGUAUGCAAAUAAGCCGCUUAAUCGGUUUUCGAAAAUCUGUUUGGGUAGUCCAUGUAUCAGUUAUCCAAUGCGGUUGGACUCACAUCUGGAGGAACAUCUAACGCGUUUUAUAUUAGACGUGCAGAUGGCUGGUUUAGAUUUUUAUUGGUUGACCUCGGACUUUAAAGAUGCUUUGAAAGCGGGGUAUGUUAAGCUGGUGAAUAAUGUUUUUCCCUUCAAAGCUCUGGAUUUGUAUACGCUCACUGCGGCUUGGGUUUUGUUGAUUGGUGGACUAAGCAUAGCGUCUCUUGUGUUUCUCUUGGAGAUACGUGGCGGUUGUGGAAGGAGAACUUUGAAAAAGGAAUCAAGUGCGGAGAAGUGGCUUAGUGGGCUGAACCGUGGGGACCGAGAGGAAAUGAAAUAA